GAAUAUUAUAUGCACCCAGUCGAUAAUGCAUUUUCACACGCAUAUAAUUUUGCUUGAAAACUGAUAUAUUAACGUUGAAGACGCAUGAGCAAAAGCCCAACGACAGAGUCUUCUUUGAUAAAUGAAACAAAAAAUGAAACUCGUGGACUCCCCAAGAAAACUACAACAGUAGCAAAACAUAAUCCUGCACUGAAGUUAAAAGUCAUACUCGGAAUCUCAACAGCUUCACUUGUGAUGAUCACUAUUGUUGCGAGUACAAUAGUACUGAGAGCAAAGAAUGCUAGAAGAAAGAGUGAUUGGAGCGGCAAAAACAUUGAAGCAAUCGUAAUGUUGAAACGAUAUAGUUAUGCCAAAGUCAAGAAGAUGACAAACUCAUUCUCUCAUGUUCUCGGGAAAGGAGGAUUUGGAACCGUCUAUAAAGGAAAACUACUCGAUGAAAGCGGUACAGAUCAAACUGAUGUUGCAGUGAAACUAUUGAAGGAUUCAAAGGGGAAUGGAGAAGAAUUCAUCAAUGAAGUAGCUAGCAUGAGUAGAACCUCUCACGUUAACAUCGUUUCUCUACUUGGGUUCUGUUAUGAAGGAAGCAAAAGAGCUAUAGUUUAUGAGUUUAUGCCAAAUGGAUCACUCGACAAAUAUAUUUCAGAGAAUAUGUCAACGAAGAUGGAGUGGGAAACUUUAUACAACAUAGCGGACGGUGUCGCUCGAGGGCUAGAGUACUUGCACAACCGUUGUGUAUCAAGGAUUGUGCAUUUCGAUAUAAAGCCACAAAACAUACUAAUGGACCAAGAUCUUUGUCCGAAGAUUGCAGAUUUUGGUCUUGCUAAGCUUUGCAAAAAGAAAGAUAGUAUCAUCUCAAUGCUCAACGCAAGAGGGACCAUAGGGUAUUGCUCCUGAAGUGUUUUCAAAAAGCUUGGGAGGAGUUUCUCAUAAGUCGGAUGUGUAUAGUUUUGGAAUGGUGGUUCUUGAGAUUGUAGGAGCAAAGAAAGGGAAAUGCAUGAACACUCUGGAUCCAACAAUAGUUCAAUAUAUUUUCCAGAUUGGAUAUAUAAAGAUCUUGAGAGGGAAGAAACCAGGAGAAUAUUUGGAGAUGAAAUGACGGAGGAGGAAAAUAAGUUAGUGAAGAAAAUGGUGUUGGUGGGUUUAUGGUGUAUUCAAACAAAUCCAUCAGAUCGUCCAUCGAUGAACAAAGUUGUUGAAAUGUUAGAGGGGAGUCUAGAGGCUUUGCAUGUUCCACCUAAGCCUCUCUUAGGUUCACCCGCGGUAAUGGUAUCUGUUGAAGAGAGUCAAGAGACUUCAAGCAUGCCUACAUCAAGCCAGUUAGAGAGAUGAACUCUUUCACCUUGCCAAGAUACUCUAAACUUCCCCCAAAAAAAAACGGUUCGAGAUAUUGUAGAUGAGAGUCAAUCUUCCUAAACUCAUGUUUGAUAUUGUUGGACUUUAACAUUGUAUAUUUCCUCUGCGUAAAUGAUGCCCCAUAAGUAAAAGUUGUAAUGAUUAUUUUGAGAUAAAAAAAAAUCACCUUCCUAUGA